AUGUUCGAGCUGAAUUAUAGUGAUGCAAAAGAUAUGUUUGAAACAUUUACAAAUAUUGUAAAUAGAGUUAAUCAAGCUAAAUCACAAGCUGAAACUGGCUAUAAAGGUACUCAAUAUGAUGCAAAUCCAUGGGGUGACCAGACAUCAGCAAUUCUUGAUGCACUUAUCAACAAAGUCGAUGCAAUAUCAACAAAAUUGGAUGUUAUGAAUGAACGUAUGAAUUUACGUCUUGGAAAAAUUGAAAAAAUGAUUACAGAUGUGACUUAUAAAACACAAUUAGAUAGUUUUAUUCGUGAUAUUGGUAAAUCAGCUAAACGCAUACAUUUUGCCUAUGAUAAACUACUUACAUUUGCCAAUGCUGGUAAAAAUAUUACAAAAAAAAGAAUUCGACAUUUCAUAGAACAAAAUAUCGAUAACCAAGGUACCGAUGGAAUUGAAGGACAUUUGGCCACUAUAUUUGAUAUUAUUACAAGUGACAAUUUAUUAUCACUCGAUGGUAGUGAGCAGUCUCUAUUAGGAUUAAUUACCAAAAAAGAAUUAGAAAAAGGUGGUGAUGUUUGUGGUAGACAUAAAUCUUCACAAUUAAUCAUUUAUCAAUUCUUUCUCACAGUUUGUAGUAUUGAAAUAUUAGGUGCAACAACACUUGCAUACGCGGAUUUAGCAAGUGAUGAAAUUCCAGUUGUAAGAGAAGAGUUUAAAAAACGAAUAACAGGUUAUUCAAACAAAUUUGCUGCAUCAAUUGAAUUAGUAUCACGUGAUUUUCGUAAUUGUGAUCCAGUUGAUAGUCAUAAGCAUAUACGAGAUGUUACUUUUACGGAAAUGUGGGGGCUUACACAAUCAAUUCUUUUGUCAGAAUUUUCACUGGCAUCACGUAAAUCGUGUGCAGGAACUUGUGCAGAUGUUCAUAAUAAACCAAAUAACCAUCAAUUCUGUUAUAAGCGAGCAAUGCACGAUCGUCGACCUGAACCAGAUGAUAAAAGGGCAUAUUGGUGGCGUUAUGAUGCUCCUGAAAAACCGGAACUUUGUCCAACUCCAAAAAGAUGCUAUGGACUUAUGAGUGAUUGUAUUGAAAUUUCAAAUGCUAAACCAUGCAUGCUGAAAAAUAAUACGCGUCGGUAUCAAUUUAUAAAAGAUGUUUAUAAUGAUAAAAGUUACGGUUUAGAAAGUGAAUGUAAAGGAUAUGAAGCUUAUUUCGAGUGGAGCACAGACUAUGGUUAUGAAUGUGAAUUUUGUUUAUGUACAUGUGAUGAUAACACAAUUAAGUCAAAUACUGUUCAUAUGAUAAGUUUGAAACUAGCUCGUAGUGAUACUGCUAAUAACAAGUAA